CUCACGAAAAAUCAGCAGCUGCAGUCAAACAAAAUCUUUCAAAACAAAAGAGCCGCAAUAUAAAAAAUAUAUACCUUGAUAUAUAAUCUAAAACAAAUAAAAUCACCGUACCAAUAAUUAGACUCCGCUGCUUACCAACUCAAUUUUCUUCACACAACCAUGACAUUCACGAAAAGCGUUGAUCAGACGACAAUUCUACAAGGAGACCGAUCAAAAUUGAAGGACCUCCUACGACUCCGUUUGAAUGCCUGCGGCUGGAGCGAUCAGGUUCGGUUGCUUUGCAGAGAGGCUAUCAAGGAACAGGACACCAUCAAUUGUGACGCCCUGGUGCAGCAAGUUACCCCGAAGGCACGAGCUUUAAUUCCGGACACCGUGAAAAAGGAACUACUGCAAAAGAUUAAAACCAUUCUCAUUCAGCAGGAAGGAAUCGAUAUCUAGCGGAUGUAGUCAAUUAGAAGAAGGAGGCUAGAAAUGCCCUGAAGUUUCAAGUGGCAGAUAAGUUACUUGACGAGAACUAGGUAAGGUUUGUGAUUGCGAAUAAUAAAUGGGAAAUAAUUCAAUGAA